AUGUAUCUAUACCUAAAUAGAAAUGCUGGCAAGAAGGCAAAACAGCGAAUGAUUCUUACUCACAGAAAAUUGUAUUUUCGUGUCAUUCUUCUUUCUUCGUUCACAGGAUUACAGAUUAAUCUUACUGGUCAUGCAAUAUUCCUGUCAGGGGAUUACAGAAUGGAAAGCCGAAGGGAUUUUCAAUCAAUGGGCUUGGAAACAUGUGUGAAAAUUACUGCUUUUGAUGAUAUUCUGGCAAAAAAAUUGAUAUUACAAAUGCAAUGUGAAAGCUAA